GCUGUAAAGGCUCUCCAGCAGCCCGAGGAGGAGGAGGAGGAUGAUGAUGAAGAAGCUGUGUGUCCGUCAGCGUGGAGCUGAUCUCAGUUCAGUCCGUCUGAGCUGAAACUGGAAACUUUCUGAUGCUUUUCUGACUCCUGAGCUUCUUCUUCUUCUUCAUGCACCUCUGAGCAGACUUCCUGUCCCGCCUCCAACCAUGAGUGACAUCUACGAGUCAGCGGCCAACUCUCUGGGUUUGUUCAGCAGUCCAUGUCUGACCAAAGUGGAGCUGCGGAUAACAUGCAAAGGGAUCCCAGACCGAGAUGCCCUGUCCAAACCCGACCCGUGCUUCGUCCUCAAGAUGCAGUCCCACGGAAAGUGGAUGGAGGUGGACCGGACGGAGGUGAUUCGCAGCUGUGUGAACCCCACCUACUCCAAGGUCUUCACAUUGGACUUUUAUUUUGAAGAGGUGCAGCGUCUGCGUCUCGAGCUCUACGACAUCAACAGCAGCCACAACGGCCUGAAGGAGGCCGACUUCCUGGGCUCAGUGGAGUGCACGCUGGGACAGAUCAUCUCUCAGAGGAAACUGUCCAAAGCUCUGCUCAGACCAGGAGGCACCGUGGGGAAGGCCAUCGUCACGAUCACAGCAGAGGAGCUCACCGGGAACGACGACUACAUUGAGCUCUCGUUCAGCGCCAGGAAAUUGGACGACAAGGACUUCUUCAGUAAAUCUGACCCGUUUCUGGAGAUCUACAGGCUGAAUGAUGACGCCACGCUGCAGCUCGUCUACAGAACUGAGACUGUGAUGAAUAAUCUGAACCCGGUGUGGAAAACCUUCAAAGUUUCUCUCAACUCGCUCUGCAGCGGGGACCACGAACGCAAGCUGCAGUGCACCGUGUGGGACUGGGACUCAAACGGGAAACACGACUACAUCGGCGAGUUCGAGGCCACGUUCAAAGAGAUGAGAGGAGCCAUCGAUGGACGACAGGUUCAGUGGCCGUGCAUAAAUCCCAAAUACAAAACCAAGAAGAAGAACUACAAGAACUCUGGUAUCGUCAUCCUGAACCAGUGCAAGAUCAUCAAGAUGCACUCCUUCCUGGAUUACAUCAUGGGAGGCUGUCAGAUCCAGUUUACAGUAGCCAUCGACUUCACGGCCUCUAAUGGAGAUCCUCGUAACAGCUGCUCGCUGCACUACAUCCACCCGUACCAGCCCAACGAGUACCUGAAGGCUCUGGUGGCUGUGGGCGAGAUCUGCCAGGACUACGACAGUGACAAAAUGUUUCCAGCGUUUGGCUUCGGAGCUCAGAUCCCUCCUGACUACAAGGUCUCCCACGACUUUGCAGUGAAUUUUAACGAGGAGAACCCAGAGUGUGCAGGUAUUCAGGGCGUGGUGGAGGCCUACCAGGCCUGCCUCCCCAAACUGCAGCUCUAUGGUCCCACUAACAUCGCCCCCAUCAUCCAGAAGGUCGCCAACUCCGCCUCGCAGGAGGUCCACACCAAAGAGGCCAUGCAAUACUUCAUCCUGCUGAUCCUGACAGACGGCGUCAUCACCGACAUGGCUGACACGAGGGAGGCCAUCGUCCAGGCCUCCCACCUCCCCAUGUCUGUUAUUAUUGUUGGAAUUGGGAACGCAGACUUCAGCGACAUGCAGAUGCUGGACGGAGAUGACGGGAUCCUUCGAUCGCCUAAAGGAGAGCCCGUCCUACGAGACAUUGUCCAGUUUGUCCCCUUUCGCAACUUCAAACAUGCGUCUCCAGCUGCUCUGGCUAAAAGCGUCUUAGCAGAGGUGCCCAACCAGGUGGUUGACUACUACAACAGCAAGGGCAUCAAGCCCAAAGUGCCCAGCGAGUACCAGUCUUCCAGGCCGUUCGGCCCGUGAGUGCCGCCUCCACAGCUGCUCCUGGACAGCACAACCUCUCCUGGACUGAGAAAAAUGUUUACUGUCUUUUGUUUGUUGUUGAUGUGGAUGUUAAAGGUGCUACACGUGGCGUUUUACCAUGAAGAAGUGGCUCAUGUCAGUGUACAGGCUGGACUAACAGGAAGUUUUGUUGGAUUGCUUUAUGGCACAAAACAGGUAGAAGGCGUUUCAUUACCUGUCGUCAUCUUUUAGAAACAGUAGUAAGAAGCAGGUGAAGCUGCUGGUCACAGAAGUGCUAGGGUAGUUAGGAUGCUCCCAGGGGGGAAUUGUAAAGAUAUCUUUACAGUCACACAUUGGAUAUAAGAGACAGAAGAAGUCAAAGUAGCUAACGUGCCAAUUCAAAGAGCAUUGUGAUAAAAUUAGGAGUGAGGGCCGUGAUGCAAUGCAGUUUGUCAACCUGCAGUGAUGAGCCUGUAGUGAUGAGGCAGCCAUGGCUGACAUAGAAAACCAGAAGGUUGUAAUGCAGAAAAGUUAAUCAUACAAAGGAUCCAACACAUAAUGUUUUUCAGACCUGAGUACAGGACGUAAGCGUGAUGCGACUAUAUCUUAGAGCUCAUGUGGGAGUAACUGUAAUUUCUAAUUUUCUAACUUGUAAACAUCAUUCACGUCAUGAUCCAACUUUGAUCACCACUAGAAACCAGGGUUUACACUUAUUAGUAGCUUGUUUUGUAAGCAUAUUUGCUAACUAUGUAGCAUUACCUUUGAUAUGCUUUAAAGAAUUGUAGCUAACGUUUGUGUUUCUUUUGUUUUGUGAUAGCGUUUACAAUGACAGCCGGGUCACAUCAGCAUUCAUGACAGCAACAUUUCAGCAACAACAAGAUUCAUUUCAGUGGAAUUAAGAUGGAGGCAAAGUAAAUCUAUGCAGAGCUUUUGUGUAGAGGACAGUGUGUAGUGGACUUACAUGCAUGUUGAGGUAAAGACCAAUUGUUUUUAACGUAACAGAUGAAGCAGAGUCUGAAAAAGAGGAUGCUAUCGUAUUAGCUUUGUAGCACCAUCUAAUUUUGCAUACUUCUCUGUCAGAGUAAAAAACUGCCAACACUUAUGGUACAAUCUCUUGAAUAAACUGUGAUAACGUUUAGUCCAAUUAGCAACUAAGCCAGCUAGUUUGCCAAACACAAGUUAGCUGACUGGUAGCAAGUCAGCUAGCCUGUUGAGCUAUUUUGGCUGGCUAGGGUCAGCAUAUUACUGUUUAGCUAGCAUGAUAGCAGUUAGCUCACCAGCCACAGUAGCUUGCCAACUAGGCCUGCAAGUAGUCCCUGUAUCACCAAGUUUCCAACACUGCCCAGUUUGUGGAUACCGAUGACAUGACGGCUCACAAACUGUGAACACUGGGAUCUUCAGUCCCACAUCACAUCGACAUCAUAGAGAGCAGAGAGGUCUGAUGAACAGUAGCACUAAAUGUAUCAGUGAGGUGAGGAAGAACUUCAUCUCAUCUUGUGGUACAACUUAUGUUCCAUGUAUAAAAAUGCUAACUGUUGCACCUUUAGCAUCCAUUGUGCAUGCGGGGCCUACAGAGGCUGAGCUGAUCGUAACCUUCAGGAGUGUUUUUACAGGAUGUGAAAAGCACACAAACACACAACACUGACCAACCCAAUCACUGCUUCCCUGCAGACAGCAUGACGGGCAGGGAAACAGUCAAUGAUGGAAUGUAUGAACCCCCCUCCUCCCCCUCUGGUUUGGUUUUAUAAGAGUUUAUUGAUAUUUUGCUAAAUUUCGUAAGGUUCGUACGUUGUAAAGCAUUUUGGAUCUCUGCCAGAUGAACAAGCGAGCUGCCUUCACAGACGUCUGCAUCCUCUACUGUUUUUUUCUAAAGGCGAGGCAGAUGCAUGAACUGUUGUUUUGCAUGCAAAUCUCCAUGCAGGACUCCCCGGUCCCUGUGCUCUCUGUUUCCUGGUAGUGAGUAAUAUGAGUAAUAAUAACGUUUACAAUGUACCCGAUGAUGGGGCUGUUCUACUCUCAAGCAUGUUCACGUGUAAACGAAAAUGUGUGAGUAGAUUUAAAAGCACAACCUGAGUAUCCUUGGAGAGAUUUCUAGAUUAUGGUGAUAGAUUUUGGUCUCUUUGUGCCACAACACCUGUCCAUCUCUCUCUGUCUUUGAGGAACUGAUUCAUUUUCUUUUGUUUUACUUGGUUUUAUUAAAUAAUUACUUCUGGGAUUUGGACCUUUUAAGGGUGCAACCAUAUUUGCAUCUUUCAGUCUAUAUUUCUUUUAAGUGAGAUCAUUUCCUGUCACUUGUAGAAAACCUUCAGUGCAAACUUCCUCAAAUCUACAGUUGGCUUUAUUCCUAUGUCAGGAUCAGAUUUCACGCCCCACCUGCCGAUCCAUUUUCCACCACUCAUACAAAUCCAGGUUGCUGUGGCGGCACGCUAAACAAGGUAGUCCGGACAUCCUUAUACCCAGGUGUCUGUGAAGAUUCUCAGUCAUUCAGGUCAUGGUGUAACUAGAAGUGCUCAGUCAAAGGUGACUGGUACCAGUAAGGCUUUUGAAUGAUAGGCAUCUUCAAUAAUCUGACUGAAGUCCACUUGCCUUUGACUAAGCACUACGAAAUAUAUCAUAUUUUCACGAGCCAUGUCGUCCAGCUUUUCCUGGGGAUUCUGAGUUGCUCCCUGGCCAGAUAAGGUUAAUGAUCCCUGAACAAGCUCUGGGUCUGAUUCCUUUUCUCCUUCUGGUAGGACAUACCGGGAAAAAACCUCCACAGGGAGGUGACCAGGAGGCAACUUAAUCAGAUGCCCAGACCACCUUAAUUGGCUCCUAUGAGAUAACAGGAGUAGAACUCUUUUUAAAUGUCAAAGCGCCUCAAUUUGUGUCUUUAUUGACAAUGUAAGCAUAAUCAAAUCCUGAUAAAGUCUUUAAGUCAGGAUCAAACUUCAUGAUCCAUCCAUCCAUUGUCACUUAUCUGGGUCCUGGUUUCAAUGGCAUGCUAGGUAAGGUAGUGCAGAGGUUCUUCCUAUUCCCCAGCUCUCCCUGGGGAUCCAAGGGUUUUCCACAGUCAACUGGGACUAAUCUCUCAAACAAAUUCUAAGUCUGCCACAGUGUCUCCUCCCAGUUGGACAUGUCCAGAAAACCCCCACAGGAAGACAUACAACAAGCGUCCUGAUCAGAUGCACAAAGCACCUCAACCGGCUCCUUUCAACAUGAAGGAGCAGCUGCUACUCUCAGCAUCUUUUGGAUGUCCAAGAUCUUCGCCCUGUCAGACACUGAAGGAAACUCAUUCCAGCUUUUUUUGUCCAUGUUCUCACUCUUUCGGUCAUUACCCGAAGCUCAUGACCACAGCUGAGGGUUGGAAUGUAGACUGAGAGCUUUGCCUUCAACAUCCACAUUACUGCUGACGCACCAAUCGACCAGUCAACCUUAUUCAGAUCCGGGUCAUGGUGGCACCAGACUAUGCAAGGCAGUCCCUUUCCUCAACCACAUCCUUCAAGUCCACUUUGGAGGAUCCCGAGAUGUUCCCAGGCCAGAUGAGAAAGGCAGUCCCUCCAUUGUGUUCUGGAUCUGCCCUGGGGUCUUUUCUCCUAGGUGGAAGUGCCUAGAAAACUUUAGCACAGAGGAACCACCUCAACAAGUUCCUUGAAAUGCAAAAGAGGUAGAGAAGGUUCUAGUUCAAGCUCUCCUGGAUGCCUGAACCCCUUGCCCAAAGUGUUACCAAAUCAGCCACUUGUGUCCACAAUCUCAUUCUAUAGGUCAAAACUCAUGGCCAAAGGUGAGUUUGAACGUCAAGAACUUGACCUUAAGACUCAACUCCCUUUUGUUGAAGCCCAAAAGGCUGUUAACAAUACCAUAUGGCUGAUCUAGUGUUCCAUCUUCCAUCUGAAGAUACUUGAAGUCCUUCAUCCGAGGCACUGACUCGCUCCCAACUUGAAGGGACCAAUUCACCAUUUCACUAUGUGAUGAUUUAAAUGGUUUGAUCUGACUGAUGUGGGGGUGCCAGCAUGAAAUAAGCCUAGGGUAUAGUUUUAUUGGAUUCUUCUUGAAAAAAAAAAAUAGCAAGUCCAAUUUUUGUCUUCUUGCACAAUUUCUAUGAAGUACUCCUGAAUUCCUGAUCCUGGACGUUCUAAUUAGCUUGUUUUACCUGAUCAGUGUUGCUUGCUAGUGCGCUAGCUUCAAAAGUUGCCAGAUGAUUUAGAUUUAGAAAUAAAGUCGCUGAGAGGAUCUGAAAGGUCGUUAAAUCUAGUGAGAAAGUCAGUUAGUCGGCAACACUGUACCCAAUCAACUCAAACAGAACAUUGAUAGGAGUAAAAAUCUUGCCCCAUUAAUGACUUGUGCGAGUUACUUCAGGAACCUUAUCUGCAGAUUGCGUUUCAUGUGUUGCAUUUUGCAUUAAUACAGCAUUUUCAUAUUAUUUCAAAGUACUUCAAAGACACUUUAAAUUUUACUGUUUGAAUAAUUGAUUUAUCAUCAUCAUCACAGGAAAUGUACAGGCACUUUGCAUUUUUGUUCGUUCUGUUGAACAAAGACAGAAGAUGGCGGACAGGUGUUGGACACAUGACUUAUUGUUGUGUUAACAUGCAGUAUUGUGUGCAAAACAAUGACAAACUGACUUAUGAUAAUAAAAGUUUUAUCAGUAA